UCAGAUGGGGAGGUACAAAGGGGAGGGCAGACAGACAGAAGUUUGACAUACUUAAGACAAAGACCACAGCAAUUGAGAGUUGUUUUCAGCCAAUGAGGAAGGAGCAUCUGUGUGUAACUACUUUAUCACAACAGCAUAGGAGUUAGAUUUUGCAUGUGGAAAGAAAACGGAGACUCUGGGGCAUAAUCCGAGUCCACUGACAACUCUGGAUAGUGAAGAGAAGAAACAGCAGGAGACCAGAGCUGCAGGAAGCCAACAUACCAACAUACCACUACAAAAUAGAUAAGGCUUUAGGAGGGAACCUCCAAAAACACACCAAACGCUCUUUCAACUUUACAUAAGGACAGGAGGGGGAAAAGUAACCCUGUUUCCAGGAGAGGAGUUGAGAGUUGAAGGGAUAAAGAGAUAACUAAAAACGUCUUUGUUAAAGUGUAAGGGGAGAGCGUGUGCGUGGAGGACUGACUGGACAGAAGUGGUCUGACUGACUGGAUAGAAGUGGUCUUGAGAAGAAGUGAGAAAAGCGUUAACAAUCUGGAGGACGAACACCAAGAGGUCUACCGGGCCCCACAGCACAAUUUUACUAUGAAUAUGACUGGUACUCUAGAGAAGGGGGCCCACCACCAGGCAUUGGACCUGUCCGAGGAACUACCGCCUCAUCACUACCACCACCAGCAUCUUCACCACUCCAACUCCCUGGCCUCCACCACCGCUGUGGGUGGAGGCAGAGAAACACCUUCACGUGUAGUUGUACCUCCUCCUUAUUCUGCAGCGGAGAGCGGUGGUGGGGGCAGUGAAGGUCCACUGGAGCUGCGGGGGUCCCUGGACUGCUGGGCCUGCUCGGUGCUGGUGACGGCUCAGAACCUGAUUAUUGCCACGAUAAACGCCUGCCUCGCUGGACUGGUGUUCGGGACCAUCCUGACACCGGCCAUUGUCAUGGUGGUAUUUGGCUUCCUCUGCCACUCUACAGUCCGCCCUCAUGGGACGACCCCCUACUGCUCAGACCUGCUGACUGACGGAGGCUGCGUGGCUCUGCUGGUAGUGGGCUUCCUCUUGGUCACCCCUCUGCUGGUCCUGGCACUGGCUGCAUACUGUCGCCUGGCCAGACACCUUCAGCUGGGCCUGUGCUUCAUCCCGUACAGCCGGGCCGUAUACAAGAACCUGCCGGCCACGCGGCACCGUGGCCUGGGCACAGGCUGCUGCGGCGGCGGACAUGGAACCAAUGGUAGCGGGAAGGGAAAGGUCUGGGUGUGAGAUGAAGAUGGGAGGAAAGCAUAAAGAGAGGGGGGGGGGACCAUUAGAUAAAGAAUAUGAAGAGAACUUGAGGGGAUGACUAAAAAGGACAUGGACGUGAGGAUGUAAGUGUACACCAGAGAAGGGAGGGCAAUUACGGUAACAACCAGCUAAACAUCCUGGAAGACAAGCUACACAUCAGUUAAAACCAUCGAAAGGAACUUAACUGCUGGUGUUAAAGAAAGGAGCAAAUUAUACUUAGGUUGUCAUAGAAAUAUAAGCAUCUAAUCAGACCUGCAUACAACCUUACAACCUUGUUCCUGAAUGAAACAGGAAAUAGAAAAACUGAAAAUAGCACACAUCACAAAAGUUGUAUUGACACUAAACAUAAUUGUAUCUUAUCACAUGUAUGUUAUGAAAAAAAUAUUUUCCUUAUGUAGUUUUCUGUUAAGUUGUUGUUCAAUUUCCUGUUAUUUCCUUUUUAUAAAUAAAGUUUUUGGAUUCAA